AUGUCCAGCAACACACCCUCUACACCAGUCAAGGUGCCUUCCAGCGCCGCGAACCACACACAAGCGACCCUAGACCCCGACCUUCGUUCACAGAUCAAUACUCUGCUUCUACGCGACGGCCACGUUGCGAAGAUACAAGACGCCCUUCUCCACGCCCUCAACUCGCACUCUACGAACUGGCCCACCGCUAUUCAAACGCACGCGCUGAACCUUCUACGCUCCGGCGAAGUAACGACCUUCCCGGCCCUUCUCAGUCGCGUCCUCGAAGACGUUCGCCACGACUCGGCCCUCAACCCCAUGUCCUCGAGUUCUAACGGCACUAGCGCUAAGUCAGGCGCCAACGGAGAUGGACCCAAGGCCAACGGCGCGGCAGAUGGCAAGCCCAACCUUGCGGUGCCGGAGUCUGUGGUUGAGGAAGCCCUUCGUGUCACUAGAGAGAGCCUAGAGGCUGUUUGCGAGAUUGAAGAUGAAGGGGCCGCCUAG